UUAAAAAGUUUUGAUUUUGAACUUGACCUUAAAACUCAGUCCUGUUCUUGUCUCUGGCCAUAGACCAAACAGACUGACUCCAGGUGAACAUGGCCUUCUACAGCUGUAACAUAUUCCUUGCAGUAGCUAGGUUCAGGGGACCUCAUCUUCUUGUACACUCCAUCUGCUCCCCGUUCUCCCCAUCGGUUGCAUUUGCCCAGCUGUUGGAUUCCCACCUUAACCGAACAUACCUGAAGGACUCUGGGAGCCAGCAGUUGCUCCUCAGUGCGCAGCAGGGCAUCAGGUUACCUCAGUUGCUAACUAAGCCCAUGCGAAUGCUUCACACGUCAGCUUCCUGGCACCAAGAGCUUCAGGACAAAACUCAGCCUAGCCAAAGUACUGUAACAAAGGACACGGAGCUGGCCAAAGUUCCAGUGGACCAAGCGACAGAGACUGCCAAGAUACCGUUACGCCAGAGGAUUAUAGAUGAACUAAAACAUUAUUACAAUGGAUUCCAUCUGCUUUGGAUUGACACAAAAGUUGCUGCUAGGAUGGUGUGGAGGCUGUUACACGGGCAAGUUCUCACUCGGAGGGAAAGGCGAAGGCUGAUGAGAACAUCUGCUGAUCUUUUCCGGCUGGUUCCCUUUUUGGUGUUCAUCAUUGUGCCCUUCAUGGAAUUCCUCUUACCUGUAUUUCUGAAACUGUUUCCUGAGAUGCUGCCUUCAACCUUUGAAACCGAAUCUAAGAAGGAAGAAAAGCAGAGAAAGAAACUGAGUGCAAAGUUGGAACUAGCCAAAUUCCUGCAGGAGACCAUCGCAGAGCUGGCCAGAAGAAACAAAGCCAGUACUGGAGAAGCCACGAAGCAAUUCUCUUCUUACGUUCAGCAGGUUCGGCAUAGUGGCCAGCAGCCCAGCACCCAGGAGAUCGUGCGGUUUUCAAAGCUAUUUGAGGAUGAGCUGACUCUGGAACACUUGGAGCGGCCACAGCUGGUGGUCCUCUGCAAAUUGCUUGAACUGCAGCCCAUUGGCACUAAUAACCUCCUCCGCUUCCAGCUUUUGAUGAAGCUCAGGUCUAUCAAAACAGAUGAUGAAAUGAUUGCCAAGGAAGGUGUUAAUGGCUUGAGCGUGUCUGAGCUGCAAAGUGCCUGCAGAGCCAGAGGAAUGAGGUCCUUGGGCCUCACGGAGGAGCAGCUGAAAGAGCAACUCAACCAGUGGCUAGAUCUACAUCUUAGAGAAAACGUUCCCCCUUCUCUGCUGCUACUUUCUCGUGCCUUAUAUUUGACAGAGGUGAAGCCCAAGCCUCUUGUGAAUCCAGCUGAGCCUCUGAAGACCGAGGGUGAUGUAGACACAGAUGAUGAGGAUCAUGAGACCUUGUUGGAUUCUGCCCCCAAAGUACAGGAAAGAAAGAGUGAAGAAUUUAUAUUGCAGCCAACAGAGAAAUUACCAGUUCCUGAGGUGUCAGUCAAGCCUCCUGCAGGAGAGAUUUCUGAGCUUUAAUAUACCUCCAUUCACACUGGCUCUUGAGUGCUGGGAGGAAAGAAAAAACUUUACACACGCUUGAUAUAUAUGUAAAGAAGAGAAAGCAGAUUCCAUCGAACCUUCUAUCUUGGAUAGUUCAGCUGGUUAGAGCUUGGUGCAGAUAACGCCAAGGUUGCAGGUUCCAUCCCCACAAGGGACAGCUGCCUGUUCCUGCAUUGCAGGGGGUAGACCAGGUGAUCCUCAGGGCCUCUUCAAACUUGACAAUUCUAUGAUUCUCUCUUGGAAUGCCUGUUGUUGCUUAAGGGGUGCUCCAACAAAGCCACGGCCCAUACAUCUUUGCCCAACAUCUCCAAAGACAGGGCAAAGAAACUGCAGAUUUUAGGGGAUGAGACAGAGAGAGGACUAAGAUUGCUGGGGGUCCCACUCCCCCUUGCCUGGCAGU